AUGAGCCGCAAGUCGCCGACACUUCCACCAAAACCGCCAGUUAUCGAUAUGCGAAUAUUGCGAUUUCAGUUCAACAACAGCCUAUUCGGAUCGUUCGAUGAUCCAUUACUUCACGCGAGAGCUGCUCAAGCCGCCCUCGCCGACAUCGAUGUCAAGAACGUGCAGCUCACCAAUCAGUUGAUGAGACCACAUGAUAUGUUCAGCAACUAUUUUAUGACUGGAAGUCACGAAGCGUCCGCAGCAGCCAAUAUCUAUCAGGGCCUUCCAUCGUCAAGCGAACCAUUCGACGCUUCUGUGGUCGUUCCGACGAGCUCCGACGAGCAAAUGACGCCCCUUCAGCAGGUGAUGGCAAUGCAAAGCUAUGGCGCGCCGCCACCUUUCCAAUACAACAUGACUCAUCCAUUUGCGACCUCAUCGAUUUCGAAUCCGACGAAUAUUGCGAGAUAUCCGAUUGCUCCGCCAGCGUCUGAACUCGAAACCGAUCCGCGUGAAUUGGAACGAUUCGCCGAGCACUUUAAGCAGAGGAGGAUAAAGCUUGGCGUAACACAGGCUGACGUCGGAAAAGCGUUGGCGCAUCUCAAAAUGCCGGGUGUUGGCAGUUUGUCGCAGUCGACAAUCUGCCGAUUCGAGUCGCUGACGCUGUCGCACAACAAUAUGGUGGCACUCAAGCCGAUUCUGCAUUCGUGGCUCGAAAAAGCCGAAGAGGCGAUGAAGCAGAAGGACACGAUCGGCGACAUUAAUGGAAUUCUGCCGAACACGGACAAAAAACGAAAACGCACGAGUAUCGCGGCGCCCGAGAAGCGGCUAUUAGAAGAUUAUUUCAAGCAACAACCAAGACCGUCGGGCGAGAGGAUAGCCGCGAUUGCGGACCGUCUGGAUCUCAAGAAGAAUGUGGUUCGAGUCUGGUUCUGCAAUCAGAGGCAAAAGCAAAAACGUGACUUCCGAUCGCAAUUCCGCGCGCGCAACACCGCUGCCGCCGCCGCCGUCAUGAGCAAUCGAAUCAUGCCAAACUCAAACACAACGAAAUGCUCGCCGUUUGGAGCACUUCCAUCAUUUUAUGACUAA